GUUAGCGCAGAAACUGCAUUGCAUGGAAGAGAAGCGCUGUGUAUUGCCGCGGUGUGUAUCAUUACCACAUACUCUCGAUACUAUUAGAUAUUUAGUUAAGAUUGCAGAAGCUGCUAUGCACGAUAAUGCCCGUCUUUCUAUCCGAUUCCUGAUUUUCGCUUUCGCUAUUAGUGACGCUCGAUGGAUGCAUUCUUUCGCAGGGCCAUACUUCAUGGUUUUACACCGGCACUAUAAUUGUGCAAUUGGAGAAAAGGGGUACGACGGUGGUAUCCAUUGGACAGUAAAAUUCUCACGCUUUAAUCCUCACAAAAGAGAUGAAAUGCAGACGAAAUUCAUUAAUGUCACAUACAGUCUACCAUUCAACGACUCAUAUUGGGAACGUAUUGUCUUUGACACUUGGUCUAACAACAAGUGGACGCCGAACGCAAUCGUAUUCAACUACCCAUCAAAAGGGUGUUCAAUGAUGAAACAGAACCUAGUAGGAAACUUCUCGAACUUUUUCCAAAGGGACUCGUCUGGUGGCUGCGUCAUUCCUAUUGGGACUUACAACUUCAACAGCACUACUGCCUUUCAAAUGGGAAAGUUUCCAGCGUUGCCGUACGGCCGCUACCGCGGUCUAUCGACGAGUGGUUUACCCUGGCGAAAGGGCUGCAUACAGUGCGCAUAUGUUGAGCUCGAUGUCAUGGCCAAAUAAAACUCUUGAGACGAACCA